UUCGCUGCCUCUGCCGGAAUGAGAUGCGGUCGACAUUUGGCAAGUUAGCCCCCUCACGAAAGCGAGCCAAGUUUCAGUCCCGUCCAAAGUUUUUUUUUCUCCCCAAAAAAAGUGUUCGCCUGGUGAAGAGUUUGUGUGAGCUUCUUUGACACGGGAUAUGGCUUCCGCUGGUGUAGCCUGCCUGCCUGCAAUCCGCAGGAUCGCGGUGUUCGGAGGAACUCAUGGCAAUGAGCUGUCAGGAGUAUUUUUAGUCAGGUACUGGCUUAAGGACAGAUCGGAGCUCCAGCGCCCUUCCUUAGAGGUACAGCCCUAUCUCAGCAAUCCCGCCGCUGUGCAGAGAUGCACUCGCUAUGUGGACUGUGAUUUGAACCGAGCUUUCACGGCCGAAAACCUCAGCAUGCCAUUGAGUGACUCGAUGCCUUAUGAAGUUAAAAGAGCCCAGGAGAUAAACCAUUUAUUUGGACCAAAAGGCAGUGAGAAUGCCUAUGACUUUGUUCUCGAUCUUCACAACACUACCUCCAACAUGGGAAAUUGUCUGAUUAUGAAAACGUCCAAGGAUGAUUUUACCAUCCAGAUGAUUCAUUAUAUGAAGAAUACGUUGAUACAUGAUAAUUGUCAGGUGCUGCUGCUUGAAAAUCCUGAGGUCCAAUAUGGUGCAAUACGAACUGUUGCUAAGCACUCUGUAGGGCUUGAAAUAGGUCCUCAACCUCAAGGGGUGGUCAAGGCAAAUAUUUUAGAAAACAUGAGGAAGCUGGUUAAUAGUGCCCUGGAUUUUGCACAUUUCUACAAUGAAGGUAAGGAAUUUCCUCCAUGCACCCUUGAUGUUUACAGAGCUUUUGAGAAGGUCGAUUACCCCAGGGAUUCAGAAGGACAGAUUAUUGGUAUCAUUCAUCCUCAGCUUCAAGACAAUGACUGGAAACAACUGAAACCAGGUGAUCCUUCAUUCCUGACCCUGGGGGGAAAGACCAUCCCUUACAAUGGAAGCAGUGCUGUGUAUCCAGUGUUUGUGAAUGAAGCUGCUUAUUAUGAGAAAGAGUCAGCUUUUCUCUUAACUGAGAAAAUAACUCUGAAGGCAAACAGUAUGAAGGUUUCAAAAACUUAAUCUAAUGGAUUCUCCAGGACAUCUUAACUGCUGUUUAUCAGACCAAAGACUAAUUUCAUCAACACUAUGCAUUGUAAGAGAACAUGCAUUGCUACUUUUAAUUAUUUUCUUCUCUUUCUAUUUGAAAAAAAGGUGAAUGUUUACUAGUGCAACCAGUCUAUUUUGAGUAGGCAGCAUCUCAUUUGAAUCACUGUCAGCUGAUGAGAGCCACAGCUUGUAGGAAAAGGUAACAUUCAUUUCCCAAACACUGUGAAAAAAAGGAGCAUUUAGCUGUGGCAAGAAUUCCUAUCCAUCUGAGAAUGUGGAAAAGCUUGUUCUUUGAGCAGUUAUUGCCGCCUACCUUUGGUAUAGGCAAUUACAAAGUCAUCAACAUGAAAAUGGGGUGCUAAGAUUUUCAUUAGUCAAUUAUUUUUAAUUGGGAGUUAGUUUUCCCCUUAUUCGCCAAGCACUAUCAAAAUAUAAAUGGGGACUAAUUUGCAACUAAUACCAGGGAAGGACUAAACUUACAUUUAUAACAGUGCAGGGUUAAUUUUUUCAGAGAUAGUAGGAACUGCAGAUGCUGGA